AUGAACAAAGAGGAUAGCGUCGCCUCCCCGAUGGCCGUGCUCCCCGCCGAGGUGGCGGCGGCGUGGGACGAGGUGCUGUGCGAGGCGGCCAUCGGGGUGGGGCAGCGCGUCUACUGCCCCUACAAGGACUGCUCGGCCCUGCUGGUCGACGACGGCAGCGGGGGCAUCGCCUUGGCGGAGUGCCCCUUCUGCAAUAGGCUCUUCUGCGCGAGCUGCAACGUGGCGCCGUCGCACACCGGGAUGGACUGCGAGGGCUUCGCGAAGCUAGGGAAGGACGAGAGAGAGGAAGGGGAUUUGAUGGUGCAUGAUCUUGCCAAGUCCAACAAGUGGCGGAGGUGCCCCGGCUGCAACUUCUACGUCGAGAAGAAUGAAGGAUGCCUGCACAUUACGUGCAGGUAUGCCUUCUUAUUAUGUUUUGUUUAUUUCUCUUUCCCGUCCACCUCUUAA